AAGAAAAUAUCCCGAAAAAAGAAAUAACAUCUUCACCUUUUCCUUGUUUGUGUUAAAAAUGUCUCUGACGCCCGUCUAUCCGAACCAGGCCACAACCAUGACUUCUUUCUUGGCUAACGGUAGUGUUUCAAGCUUGUCUCCCAAAGCACCCAAACCCAACCAUGAAUCACCUAAACUCCCAAAAGCGUUUCGCCUGAUAUCCCCAAUUCCCAAGUUCCAAAACCCCAGAAUCCCAACUUCAAGGCCCUUCAAGAUUCGAGCGGAUGUCGGGUAUUCGGGUCCGACUUCUUCUUCUUCUUCUUCGUCUGCUUCACCCGGUAAGUCCUCGAUUUCAACUCCUAUUACUGCACCAUCAACAGCUACGGCCAAUGAGAAAAUCCAGGAAAUUCUUCGUAACGUUGAGUAUGAUAAGAAAUUCGGUUUUAAUAUGGAUAUCGAUUCGUUUUCGAUCCCUAAAGGGCUUUCGAAGGAGACGAUCCGAUUGAUUUCUUCGCUUAAAGAAGAACCUGAUUGGAUGCUUGAGUUUAGAUUGAAUGCCUUUGAGAAAUUCUUGAAAAUGAGAGAGCCCAAAUGGUCCGAUAACCGAUAUUCACCUAUUGAUUUGCAAGAUAUAUGUUAUUACUCGGCACCCAAGAAAAAACCCUCUUUGAAUAGCCUUGACGAGGCUGACCCGGAACUCAUUCGGUACUUCGAUAAAUUGGGUGUACCUUUGAAUGAGCAGAAUCGAUUAGCUAAUGUUGCCGUUGAUGCCGUUCUCGAUAGCGUGUCGAUUGCCACGACGCAUAGGAAGACAUUAGAGAAGGCCGGCGUGAUAUUUUGCUCGAUAUCUGAGGCGAUUAGGGAGUACCCAGAUUUGGUUAGGAAGUAUUUGGGGAGAGUAGUGCCUAGUGAGGAUAAUUACUACGCAGCGUUGAAUUCUGCGGUGUUUAGUGAUGGUUCAUUUUGCUAUAUUCCAAAAGACACGAAGUGCCCAAUGCAAAUUUCAACUUAUUUUCGGAUAAAUGCGUUAGAAACCGGGCAGUUUGAGAGGACAUUAAUAGUUGCAGAGGAGAGGAGUUCUGUGGAGUAUUUGGAGGGGUGUACAGCACCUUCAUAUGAUAGAAACCAGCUUCAUGCUGCUGUGGUUGAGUUGUAUUGUGAUGAGGGUGCCGAGAUUAAGUACUCCACAGUGCAGAAUUGGUAUGCGGGGGAUGAAGAAGGCAAUGGAGGAAUUUAUAAUUUUGUCACGAAACGAGGGCUUUGUGCUGGGGACCGCUCAAAGAUAUCUUGGACCCAAGUGGAAACGGGGUCUGCCAUUACAUGGAAGUAUCCAAGUGUUGUUUUGGAGGGAGAUGAUACUGUGGGUGAAUUCUAUUCAGUAGCAUUGACUAAUAAUCAUCAGCAGGCAGACACCGGGACAAAGAUGAUACACAAAGGGAAGAAUACCAGAAGUAGGAUUAUUUCUAAAGGUAUAUCGGUUGGGAAUUCAAGGAACUGCUAUAGGGGUCUCGUUCAGGUUCAGUCAAAGGCAGAGAAUGCUCGGAAUUCCUCUCAGUGCGAUUCAAUGCUUAUUGGUGACAAUGCAGCUGCGAAUACAUAUCCAUAUAUCCAGGUGAAGAAUCCAACUGCUCGAAUUGAACACGAAGCCAGUACCUCCAAAAUUGGUGAAGAUCAGCUGUUUUACUUUCAGCAGAGGGGCAUUGACUACGAGAAAGCCAUGGCUGCCAUGAUUUCUGGGUUUUGCAGAGACGUGUUCAAUGAGCUUCCGGAUGAGUUUGGUUCUGAGGUGAAUCAACUCAUGAGCUUGAAGCUUGAAGGAUCAGUUGGUUAGCUAUUAAGGUCUUAGUCAAAAAGCUCAUGCUUGUUGGAGGAAAUUUAGGUCUUUUUGUCAAGAGGUCUUAGGAUUAUUGAGCAAAUAUCUGUAUUAGACAAUGUGAAUGGUAUGGAUAGCGUGUACAUAAAAAUAAUAGUUGUUAUAAGUCAAUUUGCAUGUUGUCUAUUAA